AUAUUCAUAUCAGUAGUAAGUUGACACUCAGUACUGCAACACCUCCCAUCAGAAGUUGCCAUGAUAUCACACUUUGUCUGCCUGGCCUUCAUGGCCACCACAGCCUUUGCUUCUUCCUCCAAGCCCUACAUGUACCCACAAUCCAGAAAAUCCCUCCAGCAAGAGAACCAAUAUUUGGAGUGCUAUGCCGAACCAGGAAACACGGGAAAGCAUUUCAGGUUCCUUGACUACGCUCCAAACCUUGCUUCCUAUGAUCUCGACAAUGUGGUCAGCUCCUGCUGCUUCAACGGCAUCUGGAUCCUCUACGACGAGACCGAUUACAACAGUAAUAACUUCGGGGCUGCUGUGUAUAAUGGAUGGGGUGAAGGUUAUUGUACCGAUUUUGAUGCGACCUUCGAUAACUUGGCAUCGUCUGUCCGCUUUUCUGGUGCCCCUGAUGGCUACAAACAGGAUACCAUCAACUUUUACGAGGGCAAAUACUUCAUGGGACAAGAGCAAUACUUUUAUGACGAUGCUCCACAAUUCGAUGCCGACAACCUUGGACAAUCCGUGAUUGUGACUGGUUGUUCUCCAUGGACCAUCUAUGAAUAUGAUAACUACCAAGGUGAAUCAAGGUGUUUGUACCCAAGUGACACGGCCAAUUGCUACCCAAGCUUUUAUGCCGAGCCUUCUGACCUUGGGUUGUUGGCCUCUCAAGUGUCUAGUACGAGGAAAGGAUGUUUCUCCAAAAAUAUCGUUCAUGGCAAGACUAUUUAUCCUGCUAAUGGAUCCUCCAAGUUGCAACACUCUUUGCAGUUUUCGGGUGAAAAUUGAUCGAUUUCUUCUUGUAUAAAAACCCUAUGGACAUAUACUCGGAUUAUUGUAUAUGCACUGUGCCUACACCGAGACUCAGAAAUGCAUGAUAAUCAGCAUC